AUGGCAUCUAAGCCGUUACGAACAAUAUUUACAACAUCAAAAUCAGAUGAACUUGAUGUAUUAGAAAGAGUAAUGCAAUUCGAUCCAAAACGACGACCAAAUGCAAACGAAACUCUUCAACUGAAAUAUUUUAGUAAUCCGCCUGCUCCGUGUCCAAGUAACCGUUUGUCUAAACCAAAAGAAAAUCAACCAACUGAAAAUAAUAAAUGUAAAUUAGGAAAUGAUGCAAAAGUGAUUGUAAAAAAACGAAUGCCCACAGAUAUUCAAUCAUACGAUUGUUUUUCCAUUGCAAUAUGA